AUGGUAUUGCUAUCGUCCUUUAGUUUUUCCAAGAGUUCAAAUCAUCUUUUAAGAUGUCCAUUCUCAAAGUUAAUAGUAAAUUAUAGUACGAUUAAUAAAAGUAGUCCAUUCAUUACUCGUGAUAAUUUCAAAAAACGCACGUACUUAUACUAUACAUUAUCGUUUGGUAUAUUUAUGGCUGGUGUCGGAUAUGGUACUGUUCCAUUAUAUCGAUUAUAUUGUAGUAAAGUAGGGGCUGGUACAAAUGCGAAUUUGGCAUUGGCAAAAAGUGAGAAAAUUAAAACUAUGAAACCAGUUAGAGACCGUGAAUAUACUGUACAUUUCGCUGCUGAUACACAUUCGUUAAUGAAAUGGAAUUUUAAACCAUCACAAAAGGCUUUAAGAAUCGUACCUGGGGAAACAGCACUGGCAUUUUAUACAGCUGAGAAUCCAACUGAUAAACCUAUUGUUGGCAUUGCUACUUAUUCUGUUGUACCAUUUGAAGCAUCGAAAUAUUUUCAUAAAAUACAAUGUUUCUGUUUCGAAGAGCAACGUCUUAAUCCUCACGAAAAGGUUGACCUGCCUGUAUUUUUCUUCCUUGAUCCGGAAAUUAGUUCAGAUUGGCGGUUAAAACGAUGUUCAGAAAUCGUAUUAAAUUAUACUUUCUUCGAAGCCAAAAAAGCUAAAUUUCAUAUUCCAGGAAUCACAACUCCAGAAUAUAAUGAUACACAAAAGUCGGAAGUACUACCUGGGGUAGCUAGUUAG